AAUCACGAUGGAUCAUUUCUUUGGCAGAUCUCUUUAUCAUUAAGAAUACUAUAGUAAUUCUAUGACUUCGUAGUAGUCUUCAUAAUAUUAUUGCUUAGCUUAUAAACAUUACAAUGCAAGACUCAAGUGGCGCUGACCGCCUGAUGGAGCCUGUCAACGAGAGAUCUGCCCUGGACACCGACGACGCGAGCGCCGCUAGUGGCGACCACGCGGCCGGGGGGCGCCUUGAUGCUGACGGCGACGCUGCAGCUGUGGACGUGGCAGCGGCGGCUGACCGCAACGCUGUGGCAGGAGUCGGCAGCUCUGAAACUGAACCAUCUCCAUCAGAGGAAAAAGCUACUGCCACAGCAGCCAGUUCUCCCCGUCCUAAAGAUGGGACGACAUCAAACGAUUUACUUUGUGCUUCAUCCGACGCCGCAACUUCAGAAGAAGUCGGAUCCUCGGAAGCGUCAAAUAUUGAAAGUUCAUCAGGAGCUACAAUAAAUGCCUCGGUUGGAUCACCAAAGCAACCCACCAACACACAUGGCGCUGACGCUGGCCUGUUAGCCCAGCUGCUGGAGAUGGGGGUGCCUGCUACGCUGGCCAUCCGCGCGCUGGUGUACUCCGGCAACGGUAGCGUGGAGGCGGCGUUCACGUGGCUGGCGCAGCUCAGCGCCGAGGAGGCCGACGCCCUCAGCCUCCUGCCGCUGGACGAGGACGGCCAGGACUGGGAGGACGUGGAUGAUGAAGAUGACCGCGACGUGUUCAGCCACAAGAUGGCGCUCGUCGUCGACACGUCGCUUCGGAUGAAGCCUGGCAAGAUGGCUGCUCAGGUGGGCCACGCGGUGCUGGGGCUGCACCGCGCGCUGCAGAGGGCGGCGCCCCGCACACGAGCGUCCGACCUCACCAAGUGGGAGAUGACGGGCGAGAAGAUGGUUGUACUGAGGGGAAGUGACAGCAGCCAGCUGCGCCUCCUGAAAAAGAAGGCAGAGGCCGCACGACUACCAACCUACCUGGUCGCUGACGCUGGACUCACGCAGAUUGCGGAGGGCUCCGUAACGGUGCUCGGCAUCUUUGGUUCGUGUGCGGCAGUGGACGAGAUCACAGGCGGCCUCAAGCUCUUGUGACGAGUACAUGAAGAGCCGUUGCAGUUGUAGGUUUGAAUCAAAUUUAAAAUCUUCAUUUGUACCGUACAGGAUAAGAAAAAUGGA